CUCCUCUCCUCUCCUGUGCUCCCUCGCUCUGAGCUCCCCUCUCUGCGUCCCUCCUCUCUUCAUCUGCCACUCGCUCUCCCCGUUAACUUUGUGAGGGCUCCAGUGAGGGCUUUUCCUCUCAGCAUCUGCAACGGCUUCUCACCCAAAGAAACAAAAGUUUUUUUCUACAAGACACCGGAGACCCAACCGUCGCCAUGGAGGCCAUCAAGAAGAAGAUGCAGAUGCUGAAGUUGGACAAGGAGAACGCCAUCGACAGGGCGGAACAGGCCGAGUCUGACAAAAAGGCAGCAGACGAUAAAUGCAAGCAGUUGGAGGAUGAGCUGCUGGCUAUGCAGAAGAAGCUGAAGGGAACAGAGGACGAGCUGGACAAGUACUCGGAGGCCCUGAAGGAUGCUCAGGAGAAUCUGGAAAUGUCGGAGAAGAAGGCCGGAGACGCCGAGGGCGAUGUGGCGUCUCUGAACCGCAGGAUCCAGCUGGUGGAGGAGGAGUUGGACCGUGCUCAGGAGAGACUGGCCACAGCCCUGCAGAAGCUGGAGGAGGCAGAGAAGGCUGCAGAUGAGAGCGAAAGAGGCAUGAAGGUGAUUGAAAACAGAGCCAUGAAGGACGAGGAGAAGAUGGAGAUCCAGGAGAUGCAACUCAAAGAAGCCAAACACAUUGCUGAGGAGGCCGACCGCAAAUAUGAGGAAGUUGCUCGUAAACUGGUCAUCCUGGAGGGUGAGCUGGAGAGAGCCGAGGAGAGGGCAGAAAUCUCCGAACUGAAAUGUGGUGACCUGGAAGAGGAGCUCAAGAACGUCACCAACAACCUCAAAUCACUAGAGGCUCAGUCUGACAAGUACUCUGAGAAAGAAGACAAAUAUGAGGAGGAGAUAAAAGUCCUCAGCGACAGACUCAAGGAGGCGGAAACCCGUGCAGAGUUUGCAGAAAGGACAGCGGCUAAACUGGAAAAGACCAUAGAUGACUUAGAAGAGAAACUAUCAUCCGCAAAAGAGGAAAACCUAGGAAUGCACCAAGUCCUGGACCAAACACUGCAGGAACUGAACAGCUUGUAAAAAGCCAUCAAGGACGUCAAGCAAUAAAAAUAAAAAAAAGCCUGUUUUCUACAUGCCAUCCAUUCCCUCUCAUUUCCCUCUUAUUUCUGAUUGUUAAAACACAUGUACCCCUUUUAUAUAUUUAUGUUUCUUUUCUCUUUUUUUUAAAUGGUUUUGGGUCCAUCUGAUUUGAGUCUUGGUGCUGGAAAAUUGUGUUUGACCAAACUCUGAGCACAAAUAAAGCUGAUGACGAUGAAAUUA